AUGUGGGGCAUCGAUGUGAUUGGCCCAAUUAAUCCCAAGGCAUCAAAUGGACACCGAUUUAUCUUGGUCGCGAUUGAUUAUUUCUCCAAGUGGAUUGAGGCGGCAUCUUAUGCAAACGUCACUGCAAGGAAUGUUGUAAGAUUCAUCAGGCGAGACAUAGUCGCUCGUUAUGGUGUCCCCGAGGCUAUUGUCACCGACAAUGGGACAAAUUUGAACAACAAGUUCAUAGAUCAGUUGUUCAACGAGUUCAAAAUCCGGCACCUAAAUUCAUCUCCCUAUCGUCCACAGAUGAAUGGAGCAGUUGAAGCCGCUAACAAAAACAUCAAGAAGAUCCUGGCCAAAACGGCUGAAAACUAUCGUGACUGGCAUGAAAGGUUGCCAUUUGCACUAAUGGCGUAUCGGACUUCGAUCCGAACCUCUGUCGGGGCAACCCCUUUUUCUUUGGUGUAUGGCAUGGAAGCAGUCCUGCCCGUCGAAGUAGAGAUCCCUUCCCUGCGAGUCUUGUCUCAAGUGGAGUUGUCCGAGGCGGAAUGGAUGCGACAAAGGCAUGAGCAGUUGAACUUAAUUGAUGAGAAGUGA